UUCUUCAGACGAUACUCUAAAUCUAAAUCCUCCACCUCCACAUAUUAGUCCUCCACUUUCAGCUACAAAUAACAGUAAAAAUACAGGAGGUGAGUUCUUAUCUCCUUAGAAAUGAGCAAUGACAUGAGAAAGGAUGCAAAACGAAGUCAUCUCUAUUACAAUUCACAAAUUUCAGGACAUAUCAGAGAAUUAUUUAUAUUCGCAUUGCUGGCUUAUGCAGAUAAUGGAGGCCAUGAAUCCCAAGCUGUUGUAAUCAUUGUUGUUCCAAUCAUUAUUUUAGUAGCAAUAUUGGCACUUGCUUGUAUUCUUCUUCGAAAAAUGAAGAACAGAAAGCAGGAGAAUAAAAGUGCAGAUAAUAGUAAUAGUUUGGAAUCACUGCAAUUCAAAUUCAGUGCAAUAAAAGUAUCAACAGAUAAUUUCUCUGAGAAUAACAAACUUGGACAAGGUGGAUUUGGUUCUGUUUAUAAGGGUAGGCUGUGUGAUGGACAAGUUAUAGCGGUGAAGAGAUUGUCUGACAAUUCUGUGCAAGGAGAUUUGGAAUUUAAGAAUGAAGUCCUGUUAAUGGCAAAGCUUCAGCACAGGAAUUUGGUUAGGCUGCUAGGCUUUUCCUUCGAAGGAAAAGAAAGGCUUCUUAUUUAUGAGUUUCUUCCAAAUUCAAGCCUCGACCAUUUCUUAUUCAAUCCAGUCAGGCGCUUACAACUAGAUUGGGACAAGAGACACAAAAUCAUAACAGGAAUAGCUCGAGGGAUACGCUACCUUCAUGAAGAUUCUCGACAUCGAAUUGUUCAUCGCGAUUUAAAAGCUGCAAACAUUUUGUUAGAUGAUUAUAUGAACCCUAAAAUAGCAGAUUUUGGAUUGGCUAGGUUGUUUUCAGUGGAUCAAACACAUGAUGCUACAAGCAAACCUGUUGGAACCUUUGGAUAUAUGCCUCCAGAAUACAUCAGAUACGGAACAUAUUCAGUUAAAUCUGAUGUUUAUAGCUUCGGUGUGCUAGUUUUGGAAAUCAUCAUUGGUGAAAAGAUAAGCUGUUUCCUCAGUGAGGAAGGAGAGGAUCUGCUAACCUAUGCAUGGCAGAGUUGGAAAAGAGGAACAGAAAUGAAUAUGAUAGAUCCGGCUUUGAAGGAUGGUCCAAGGAUAGAAAUGAUGAGAUGUAUCCAUGUUGGGUUGCUAUGCGUUCAAGCAAUUGAUGCUGACAGACCAACCAUGACCUCUGUCAUGGUAAUGCUUAGCAGCUACUCCAUGUCUCUUCCAUUGCCCUCGAGACCUGCCUUCGUAGACUCCACCAUGGAACCACUCCAACUCACAGUCAAUGAGGCUUCCAUUUCUGAGUUAGAUCCUAGAUGAAAUUUGACUCCAUUCCACUAAUUCUACUAAGGGCACGGUCCUUGAUUCUUAAAGGGAAAAAUAUAUGAUAGUGUCGAAAUUAAGGUUUGUCCAGUAUCAACUUCAACAUCGGAAAGAAACAAUCUGUAUUUCAAAUUUGAACAGGUUUCAAGUGAUUUAUUUGAUUGUAUCUUAUGUUGCAUAGUCACUAACAGAAAAACUGACUACUUUUUCACUUGAAAAUUGUCACACCAAUUCAAGAGAUAAAACCAGCCGGUACAUGAAAAAACAGCUUUUAGUUGGUGAAUAUAGGACAUUAACAUAUGAAGAGGAGUUCUGCUCUGGAUUGGA